ACCAGAUCUGGCAGCCCUGCAGCACAUGCUGUGCCGACUUCUGUUGCCUUUUAUCAGCUUUUAUUUUCGCUUCAAAGUGAAAUACUAAACAAUUUGUUGCUGCCCGCACUGCAUUUAAAAUGAGUGAGUUUGAAACAUGGCUAAAUAAUCAGCUUAGGCUGCUCAACACAGAUGAAGGUGUGUUUGGUGCAUACAUAAUUGGAAUAUUGGAAGGCGAGGAAGAAACCAAAGAGGAGAAAAUCGAGGCACUUGAGGGCAUACUCAGUGAAACAGGCUCUUCUAACAUUGAAGAGCUGGUGGCCAGCAUACUGCAAAAAUGGCUACAGAGUCAUCCCAGUGCCGAUGAGCCGCCCAAGAAGGGUCUGGACAUUGACGUCAAUGCUCAGCUGGCCAAGUUGCUGGAGCAACAGAAGCUACAACCCGCCGCCAAAGAGCGUGAAUACACCGAAGAGGAGCGUCGCAUUAAGCAACAGAUACUGGCGCAAUAUUCACAGACCGCCGUUAGUGAAGAGGAAGAAGAUGAUACGGAUGGCGAAAGUGCCGAACCAAGUGGAUCUGGCUUUAUGGCACCCAAUACCAAUAAGUCCGAUGUGCAGAACCUGGCGAAGGAGAAGCGGGAACAAGCGCGCCAAGACAGUGCGGCUAAAAAGCAAAAGGACAAGGAAGAUCGUGAGAAACAGAAACAACUGCGCGAAGAAAAGAAGGAGAAACGCAAAACGGUCAAAGGCGAACGUCGUCGGUAACCGACCAAACCAACCGUCCGUUCCGGCUUAAACUCGUUG